AUGGGUGCCCUUCCUCCCUCUGACCCGAUUCUGAACAACAUCAUCACCCAAAACUUGCACUACUGGCAAAUCGCGGCAACCACACGCGCUAACCAAGAGGGAAAACGCAGUUUCAACACUGGAUCUCGAGAUCGAAUUAAUUUGGGUACGCCCGUCAACCGACACUCGCCCGAAGAGUACCUGUAUUCUUACCUCCCUCAUCCUCAGAAAAAGAAGUUCUCGACUGUUCAGAUCCUUUACCUUCUUAAUCGAUAUUCCGGAGACGCCCUAUUUAUUCAUGGAGUCUGGUACCAACUGUGGCUAAGAGGGGAGGCAUUUCAAAAGGUCUAUCAGCUACGUUGGUUCAGAGUUGGGUCAGCAUGGUCGGCCUUUGGUCCAUGCAAGAAUUUGGUGCAUGUAUCGCCGCUCGAAGCCGGUUCUGAUCUUGCUCGUGUGCACCUUCCUGGGCCAGGUGACAACAUCCUCGACAAUCAUCGCCCUCGACAAAAGCGAAAACGCAGGGGUAUGUCGGUAUGCGUCCCGGGCUUUGCUAAGCCAUUCCUGGAAUGGUACUGGGCCUACCUGGUCUUCAUCAUCGCAUUCGACGUCGUCGCGUUCACUCUAGCACUCAUGGAAGGUAUCAGGUACUUCCGCAGAACAAAACUAGCCGAAGGAAGCCUUGUUCGGAUCCUCCUUCGAGACAGCAUCUUUUUCCCAUUCCUGGGCCUGAGCGUAUCGAUUUUCGCGCUACUCGCUUGGCGCUCAGUGCUACCGUAUCCGUCGGUUGCGGUGUUGAUGACUCUCAUGGCGCUCACCUCUCCCAUCCUCGGAAGUCGACUCAUUCUCAACCUGCGGGACGCAUACUACAAGCCAUUUGCGGAAGAAGUCAACCCUGGUGCGGGCCCCAGCCAUAGACAGCUCUCAUCUGGCCCAACGAUUCGAACACCAAUCGAAAUCCAGCGAUCAGUGGAGGUUUCGCGGUCCCAUAUCGAUGAUGUCCAACUUCAGAUAUUUCCCAUACGGAAAGUAUAA